AUGAAUAUUGCAUUCUCUGCCUAUUUCUUAUGUGCCAAUCUUGAUAAAUGUUUUGAAGUUCUUAUCAAAAGUAAUAGACUCCCUGAAGCUGAUCAAUUUAAAUAAUUUUAAGAAUUCUUGAAUUAAGAUCUAUUUCCAUAAUUAUAAAAUAACCCUAAUUUGGAUCUUUCACAAAUCACUUAUGAAUCUGGUGAGUAUUGA